AUAAAUAAAUAAAAAUUACCCAAUUGCCACACCUUUCGUCAACUUUCCCCUUCUUCCCUUCCAACAACCCUCUGCAAGUCCACACACUCUCUCUCUCUCUCUCUCUCUCUCUCUCUAUACGUAUACGUACACACAUUAAUCCCUUCAUAUAUAUUCUAAAUUCGAGAUCUAUUCAUUCCUCUUUCAUAGUUUCUUCUUCUUGCCAAGUUUUUCUAUUUUCCAUAAAGUUUCAUAACUGUAUGUAUGUAUGUAUGUCUAAGGUUCCCCACCCUUUUUCACUGCUUUACUUCAACAAAUUUCAGAUUGUUUGAAUCCCUCGGAAUAAUUAUCUUAUUGUUUACUGAAAACAUAGAGCCCUUGCGUUUGUGUUACUGGGGCAUUGAGAAAUCUUUUCGCGGAUCUUAAUAUCUCGAUCUCGGAGAUAACUGUUUGAUUUAGGGGUUCAGAUUUAAAAUUGGUUGUGUGCAUCAGAAUCUUCAUUGCGGUGAAUACGGAAGGAAAUGAAGGAUGUGUUCUUGGUUGGGAAGAUCAGUGUCCACAUGUUUGCGCCCUUUCAGUCGAUAUGCCCGUAUGAACAGGGAUGAUGACGAGGGUUUGGGAAGUGAUGACGAUGCACUUCUCUGGUCAAGAGACCUCGAGAAGCAUUCCAAUGGCGAGUUUUCAUUUGCUGUAGUCCAGGCAAAUGAAGUCCUUGAAGAUCAUAGCCAGGUCGAGACUGGCCGACAUGCCACUUUUAUCGGGGUUUAUGAUGGCCAUGGUGGGCCUGAGGCAGCAAGAUACAUCUCUGACCACAUGUUUAAUCAUUUACUUAGACUCGCACAAGAAAAUGGAAUGAUGUCCGAGGAUAUUCUCAGAAAUGCAACUUCUGAGACGGAAAAUGGUUUUCUAACUCUUGUUAGGAGAGCUUACACAAUAAGACCAACAAUUGCAGCAGUUGGAUCUUGUUGUCUAGUCGGAGUUAUUUGGAAGGGGACAUUGUAUAUUGCUAAUCUAGGAGAUUCUAGAGCUGUAAUGGGGUAUAUGGACAGAUCGAAUAAAAUCGUAGCUGAGCAGUUGACCAGAGACCACAAUGCAUGUAUGGACGAGGUUAGAAAAGAAUUAAAGACUUUACAUCCAGAAGAUUCGCAAAUUCUUGUGAUGAAGCAAGGUGUUUGGCGUGUCAAGGGCAUUAUACAGGUAUCUAGGUCUAUAGGUGAUGCUUAUCUGAAGAGGCCAGAGUUUGCUCUCGAUCCAUCUUUUCCUCGUUUUCAUCUUACGGAACCUCUUCGUCGCCCAGUCUUGAGAGCUGAUCCUGCCAUCUUCACUCGAAAUUUGCAGACGAACGAUAAAUUCGUCAUUUUUGCAUCUGAUGGUCUUUGGGAACACUUGACCAAUCAGGAGGCUGUUCAGCUGGUUCACAAUCACCCAAGAGUGGGGAUAGCUAGAAGACUAGUAAUAUCAGCUUUGUCGAAAGCAGCAAAGACAAGACAAAUAUCUUUCAAUGAAAUAAAGAAACUGGAUAAGGGGGUGAGGAGACAUAUUCAUGAUGAUAUUACAGUUGUUGUCAUAUUCAUAGACCGUGAGAUGAUGGACAAGAAAAACUCGGCACCUGAACUGUCUGUACGAGGAUUCGUGGAUACUGUGGGCCCAUCAACUUUCAAUUUCUAGUAACACGUAAAAUUCAGGAGUGCUCGUUGAAAUCGUCAGCAUAACAUAGCCAAGGUGCACUGCAGCAGUAAUUUUUGAGUUUGUUCGACCACUUGUAUAACCUUGUUUGUUAUAUUAUUUUUUUUGGUUUAUUUUCGAAUUGCAUUUUGAUGACUUUCUUUGUGGAUGGCGCAUUCAUUGUGUACACAGCCUAUUAGUCUUUUUCGUCUCUUUGAUUUGAUUUUCUCGUGACCACGUAGUUAAGUUUCUAAUUUUGUUGGGUGGAAUAAACAUCUAAUGUCACUACAUGUGUAAUGGAUUGUGUUACAAGAGCAAUGGAACGGGAUCGAAAUACUGUGUUACUUGUGUA